UUUCUCAAACAGAUCAUGUACAAUCUCCCCACUUCUUGCCUGGUCUUGUUCUUCCUCUUCUUCUUAUUCCACCAUCUUCCUUGGGCUCUAAGUAAAGAAGACCUAGGGUGGUGUGAGGCUCUGUUUCAAUGUGGUAACAUCACUGCUGGUUUCCCCUUCUGGGGUGGAAAUCGUCCCAAACCUUGCGGUCAUCCGUUGCUGGAGCUAAGCUGCCGCAAAGACAUCACCUCUUUAAACAUCUCAAACCAUGAGUACAACGUUUUUGAUAUAGAUCAAACAUCUGAUACUCUUAGACUUGCUAGAACAGACCUUCUAGGUUCGUUUUGUUCCGCUGAAUUCAUUACCACAACCUUCCCCCGCGAAAUCUUUAAGCUAUCCCCAACUUAUAAGAGCCUUACCGUUUUAUAUCACUGUGAUCCAAAGCUAUCUUACCGCUCAAGUUAUACAUGUCCGGAUCUAGGUCUUUUCUCCAUGUCUCAAACUCUUGAUUACCAGUAUUCCUGCCAAGAAAGUUUCACAGUUAACGUUCCAACGAGUUUCGUCCCAGAGGAGAAAGAGUUGAAUUUGACCCAUUUGGAAAGUGCUCUAAGAAAAGGGUUUGAGGUGAAGCUGAUGAUCGAUGAGAUACCGUGUCAAGAAUGUUCGUCCACUCGUGGAAUCUGUGGUUUCAACAGUACCACACAGAUUUGCUGCAACGUAACCUCAACAUCUGGUGGAGUUACUUGCGUACCACAACAUCAACCUAGUGCUGAUUUGCUUAAGAAACGCUGCAGUGAACGGUUUAGCUGCGGCAAUCAGCGAGAUCUCUAUUACCCCUUCUGGAUACCUGGCAGGGAAUACUGUGGCCACCCUGACUUCAAGCUCGAUUGUAGCAGAGGAUUCGCAGAGAUUAACAUCGCCUCCGUGAAGUUCAAAAUCAUAAAUAUGAGCCAUGACUCUUCUACCAUAAGACUUGCCAGAUCAGAUUAUAUCGGCGAUCUUUGUCCCCCAAACCCAUUAAAUGAGCCACUCAUUGAAAACGUCCUUCAAUUCAGUGCUGACACAGAGCUUCUAACAUUAUAUUACGACUGCCAACUAAACUCAUCGGUUAUUUCUGCUACUAGCUACAUUGGAGAGCUUGGUUGUGAUGGUGGAAGAAGUUACUUUGUAACGAAAAACCUCUCAUCUCCUUUACUUGACAGGUUUAGAGGCGUUUUAAACAACUUAAGGGGAAUGUGCAAAAGAAAAGUUCGAAUUUUCCGAAAGAGAAAAACAUCAGAUGAUCGGCGACAAGAGAAGUAAUUAAAGGCCCUUAUUCCACUCAAACAUUAUACUUAUGCGCAAGUGAAGAAAAUGACAAAGUCAUUUGCGGAAGUGGUUGGGAGAGGCGGAUUUGGAAUUGUUUAUAGAGGUACUCUUUGUGACGGCCGUGUUGUUGCGGUGAAGGUCUUGAAAGAAUCAAAGGGUAAUAAUAGUGAAGACUUCAUCAAUGAAGUUUCUAGCAUGAGCCAAACAUCUCAUGUCAACAUUGUUUCUCUUCUUGGAUUCUGCUCUGAAGGUUCAAAAAGAGCUAUUAUAUAUGAAUUUUUGGAAAAUGGGUCUCUAGAUAAGUUCAUCUCAGAAAGGACUUCAGUGAAUUUGGACUUGACGACACUGUAUGGGAUCGCGCUAGGAGUUGCUCGUGGUCUAGAGUACUUGCAUUAUGGCUGCAAAACAAGGAUUGUGCAUUUCGACAUUAAACCUCAGAACGUGUUGUUGGAUGAUAAUCUUUCCCCUAAAGUUUCUGAUUUCGGACUUGCUAAACUCUGCGAGAAGAAAGAGAGCGUCAUGUCAUUGAUGGAUACAAGAGGUACAAUAGGAUACAUUGCAUCAGAGAUGAUCUCUCGAGUUUAUGGGAGUGUUUCUCACAAGUCUGAUGUGUAUAGCUACGGAAUGUUAGUCUUCGAAAUGAUAGGUGCAAGGAAGAAAGAAAGAUUUGGUCAAACAUCUACAUCGAACGCAAGCUCCAUGUACUUUCCAGAAUGGAUUUAUAAGGAUCUUGAGAAGGCAGACAGUGAGGAUCUUGAGAAGGGAAAGCAUAUCGAGAAUGGAAUCAGCAGCCAGGAAGAGGAGAUAGCAAAGAAGAUGACAUUGGUGGGUUUGUGGUGUAUUCAGCCUUCCCCGUCAGAUCGUCCACCAAUGAACAGAGUAGUAGAGAUGAUGGAAGGAAGCUUGGAUACUAUUGAAGUGCCACCUAGACCUGUUUUGCAACAAAUUCCUGUAGUACCUCUUCUUGAAUCUUCUUGGAUUUCAGAGGAAGGUUCAACAAUCUCUGAGAUUGAAAAUAGAAACAGUUUGUGAAAAAAUAUUGUCUUGA